AUGGAUGUCGACAUGAAAAACAAGGACGACAAUGAUGAUAAGGGAAUCAUUCCCCCAACGAAUGGAGGCAAUGGGCGCGAUUAUGACCGUGACAAGGAUAGGGAUUUGCGAGACCGCGACUACGACCGCGACAGGGAUAGGAGAGAUCGCAGCGACAAGGACAGGGACAGGGAUCGUGAUCGUGGCGACAGACGCGACUCCGGGCGUCCACGUCCCAGAGUCGGUGACCAUUGGGAACCCGAGAGACGUUCAAGCGAUCGCCGUAGGCGUUCGAGGACUCGCUCCCGCUCUCGCUCCAGAAGGCGUUCGGCGUCUCCACGUCGUCGUCGCCGCUCCCGCACUCGUUCUCGCACCCGUUCUAGGUCCAGGAGCAGGUCCCGCAGCCGAGACCGAAAAACGAAUGACACGUUUUCUCGGUCGCUCGGCGGGCCCAUGAAUGCUGACCAUGAGGAAGCUGUCGAAUUCGCCAAAAUCAGCAAGAGAGAAAAUCGAGUCUACGUCGGCAAUUUAAGUUACGACGUCAAGUAUCGUGACCUAAUGGAAUUCAUGAGGGGAGCUGGUGAGGUUCUCUUCGCCGAAGUUCUCGUUACUCCAACAGGGGUUUCAAAAGGAUGCGGCAUCGUCGAAUUCGCAUCGUCUGAAGACGCUCAACGUGCCAUCCGCGAAUUGUCUGAACAACCAAUGCUAGGUCGUCCUGUAUUCAUUCGUGAAGACCGUGAGAACGAAGCCAGGUUUGGUGCUACUCCAGUGCCAGGUAAAAUUGGUAUGGCUAUGGCUGGACAAGGUUUGAAUGCGGCACCUCCACCGCGCCCACCCUCGCACAAUUAUUUUGGUACCCAUUCUAAUCCUGGGAACCAACUGUACGUUGGUAACCUGCCUUACCAAGCCGGCUGGCAAGAUCUCAAAGAUCUUUUCCGGUCUGCUGGUAACAUCAUCCGCGCUGAUAUUAACAUUGGCGCAGACGGAAGGCCCAAAGGAUCUGGUACCGUGGUGUUCGAAACACCAAAAGAUGCUCAACAAGCUAUCAGUAUGUAUCACGGCUUCGACUGGUACGGUCGCACACUUGAAGUCAGAGAAGACCGAUAUGCUGGUCUUUCUGGCUCCGGUUUCCGAGGCGGCUUGCGCGGUGGGCCUCGUGGCCUCGGACGCGGACUGCGCGGUGGUGGAUUGCGAGGAGGAUUCCGCGGUGGAUUUUCACAGGCAGGUGGUGGCCGCGAUUUCUCUGAUCAGGAUCUGUAUGCCGACUAUCCUGGCCCUGAUCAGCAGGGUGCUUCAGGUGGCAGCGGGGGAUUGCGCAUGAACAGCUAUGGUGGAGGAUCCGGCUAUGGCGGCGCGGGUAAUUUCAGUGAAGGCGACCCAAGUCAGCAGAUCAUGGUUCGCAACUUGCCCUGGUCUACUGCAAAUGAGGACUUGGUCGAGUUGUUCGAAACCACUGGUCAGGUCGAGCUGGCUGAAAUCUUAUUUGACGGCACUCGUUCCAAAGGCUGUGGUGUCGUCCAGUUCGCACAAACAGCGGAGGCUGAAACGGCUAUCGCUAAAUUCCAACAAUAUAUGUAUGGCGGCCGCCCACUGGACGUCCGUUUCAAUGAUCGUUGGCAUACCUUCACUCCAUCUGCCGCUAAGGGUGGUCAAAUCGCCCCCAUGCAGUCCGAUGGAAUGUAA